CAGUGUUUACGUUUCGAAAAGUGCCACAAAAAAAUAAAACUUGAAAAAACCCCACUUAAAUUCAAGUACUAAACUCAAUACAAGCACCCACUUUAAUAGCAACUUAGUGAGCACCUAAAGAUCACCUUAGUUAACCCGAUAAAAGAGAAAUUUGUGCAAUUGGAGCAACUGCGAAGCGCACACGCAAAAGAAACCAAGACAUUGGAGAACUACAUAGUUGACACCCAUUCCGCCGCGGCCAUGCAAAUCGAUGCGAUCGAGCUGCUGCUGAUCACCUAGCUGUGCGAGUCGGAGACCCAGCAUUGAGAUGCUGCUCAGCGAGACCCACUUUUGGACUACGCUGCGCGAUGAGGUGCGCAUCAAGAGCAACGACCUGGGCGCCUUUCGAUACCUGCGCCAGCGGGAGAAGGAGCAAGAGCAGCAGGAUCUCACCACAUUGGCCAAGCGGGACUAUACAGAACGGCGGAAUGGGCUGGCCGUGCUGAAGAACAGCAGUCGCAAGGCGGCUGGUCGCCUGAAGGAUAACCUUAAGAAGCUGGAGGAUCUCCUCAGACAGCAUCGUAUCAUUCACUCCGAGUGGCAGGAUGCGGCCCAGGUGCUGCUACUCUUUGCCAAUGGAUUAAUAACCCAUAUUUGUGUGGAUAUCUAUACGGGGGAUAUACUGCGCAUGGUCUUUGAGAAGUAUCUGGUGGGCAAGCUGGCCGCCGAGGUCAUCACUGAUGCCUUUUUCACCCGUUCCCACAUCGUCUUGGCCUACAAUACCAACCAGCUGACGGUGGUUCAUCUGCAGCGACCGAAUGCACGUUCGCAGGGACCGGAGAAGAUUGCCAAUAUGGAUCCGCGCAUCUUCCAUGUGAUCAUACCAGGAGCCACAGAGCGCAAGCUAGCCCGCCAUCUCACCGUCAAUGGCAGCUUUGAUCUGUUUGUGGUGUGGACACAGUCGUCGCAGAACGAGGUCUAUCCCUGGAGGCCAACUAUCCGGGAUCAGGAUCGAGCCAAUAUACAUGUGUUCAAGAUCAAGGGCUUGCAGCUGGAAUCCAUGGCUUAUUGCUGGUCGGAGAACGAUCCUUUGUGCGUUGAUUUUCUGCGUAGCAGCGAAAGCCAAAUUAUUACGUUGGAGCAGAAGGUCUCCCGCAAGGGAGACAUCAGUGCGGAGAUCUGCUCGUAUGAGUUGGCUGCUGGAAAAAUGCAGCGCACUGCCAUUACCUCGAUACCCAUGGGCGCCCAAAUCUGCUCUUUCGCCUUUAGUCCCGACCAGGAGAAGCUCUUUCUGGGCAGCAUAGAUCGCAACAUCUGCCUGCAUGACCUGGUCCAACAGUCCACGAAGUACGCCAAUCAGAUUGAAAUUGUGCCCAAUCAGUGUGCUUGGCACUGUGACUCCGCCAUGUUGUGUGUGGCCAACGAGAGAUCGGUGCUGCAGUGUUUCGACCUGGCCCUGGCCACCAUUGGCCAUCAGUUGGUCAGCGAGAGUGUGACUCCCUCGAGCUUGAUGGAUCUCUCGCAUUACUUUGUGGCCCAGCCUACACUUUUGAGAGUUGAUUUUAGUAGGAAACCGGAUUUGGGCACGUUCAAGCACACCUACGCCCAAACGGAUUGCCUGCUCUUGCUGAUCUAUGAGCAGGGACCGCUGGCCUGCAUGCGUCUGUUUGGUGGCGCUGGCAUGCGUGGCGAUAUCCAUAAUUCUGGCCUAACAGCCGAUGUCAUAGCGGACAAGUACCUAAGGCUACAGCAGCCGGAAAGAGCGGUGAAUGUCCUGGCGGCCUUGAACUGGGAGACCUAUGGUGCCAUGUGCCUGAUUACCCUACACAAGAUAGCCAACUAUGUGUUCUUUGGCGGGGAUCAGCGUCGGCCGCGUAUAGAGCUGAUGGCCAGGGCCCUGAAGACCUUUGCCCGCACGCUUUCGGAGGAGACUAAAGAUGAGUUUAGCGAUCAGGUUUAUGAUUUGAAGCGACGCUUUUGCUUUUUUCUAAUGCGUAAAAACCUAUUUCCUGAGGCCUUGGAAAUCGCCCAGGAUGUGGCCGACUAUGAUAUCUUUAUGGAUCUGUAUAAUCUAACCAAGUGCAUAACCAGUUUGGGUGAAUUUGCUCAGCUGGCAUUCAGUCAGGCCGCUGCCAUAAUCCAGGAGGAAGAUCGUGCCAAUGGCAAUCUCAGCUUGACCUGUGACCUGCGCUCGGAGUCGGCCUGUUCGGUAUCCACCUGCUCGGAUUUGGGGCGUAGUCAGCCGCAGGCCCUUAAAAACUAUGUGCCACCACUGCCCUCAUUCAAGUCGAAGGUUUUCAAUGCCGAAAUGAUCAAGAUUAAUAUACCCAAGCCGGAGCUAAGGCCACCGUUACCUAAGGUUUCGUUAGCUCAAACAGCGAUGACUUCCUUAGGAGGCCUUAACCUGAAGAACAGUACAUUGCAGGCAACGCCAGCCAAGAGUGCCAGCUCAAAUGGCAAUGUCUGGUCCCAGGAUGUACCAGAUCAGACAGUGGGCUUGCCCAUGCCCAGCAGUCCUCCAAGCCGGCCUCAGCCCUCUUCGAUUAUCCCCGAGCAAAUCCCGCCUCUUGGUCCAUUCAACAGCUUGGGAACUUCGCCGCCUCCGCCCUUGGUUUCUGUAGUUCCAGUGGUUUCAUUGGCUUCAGUGCCUCCAGCCAAUGCCUACCAGCCCAAGUUCUACCAGCAUCCUCUGGUUUCUGGCAACAUACCCGCCAUGCUGCCCACCAUGAGCAGCGAGGAUUACCAAAAGCGACUGCUGCUCAAGAAGCCCACGGCUUCCAUACUCUCCAAUCCAGCUAAUCCUGCGCCCAGCAAUGGCGAGGCAGGAGGCGGUACAACCAGUGCCAAGUCACAGACGGCAGAGAAAAACAAAGUCAAGUUCUCGGACACCAUACAGGUGGCUGUAGUGCCGGAGAUUCCACGCAAAGAAAAGCCCAUGCCGCCCAAGAGAAAUGGUUACUCCAGACCCGCAGCGCGGCAUUUGACAAAUCCCAAGAAGGAGCUGGCCGACAGCUUGCCACUAUGCCAUCCCAAUGAUGAGUAUUUAAAGGAUUUUAAUCCCAUAACCACAAAUAUGACCAAGCCUCCAGCGAGACGUCGUGAUGAGGAGCCAAAGCAAAGCAGCAGCAAAAACCCCAACAACUCUUCCUCCUCCUCAUCCAUCAAGGUGGUGCAUUUCGGUGUGGUCUAAGCUGAUAAUUAUUAGUGC